CGUGCGAGUCAGGGUGGGGCGUGCGCAACCCAGCCCGUUGGCCACCUCAGUAUAACCAUUGAUACCACUGUAUUUAGAUCCGUAAAUGCUUAUCAGCGUGUCAUUAAUCUACAAUAAUAUCUUCUUGUUUAAAAAAAAAUAAAAAAAAAUAAAAAAAUUCUAACAAUCUUCCUAACUUGUUCCUAGUUCCUACGUUUAACGUUUCCAUAUUUUUUUCUGGAGUUUUUCACUUUUAUACGCUACAUCCCCUUUCUCUCUCUCUCCAUUCCACCGCGUACUCUGAAUUCUCCAUUGAAGCAGUUUCUGAGCCUUUUUCUCCUCCAUUGUAGCAGCUUCUGAGGAUUCCGCUGGAGGGACGGCCGUGUCAUGACAAUUGGUUCUUGGUUCAUCAUGGGCAUAACAGUGUGUUUGUGCAUCCAUUACAGGAAAGUUUUGCAAAUAUCCUGAUCCUCAUGCCAAGAGCCUUGCAGGGUUAACUUCAGCAAGUGACACAAGAAAUGGAUGGUCGCUAUGGUCUUCAGCAUGGAUGGGAAAAUAACAGCGCAUUGGAGGCAUAUGGUGCUGUCCAUGAGCCAAAUUAUCGUGGUUAUGAUGACAGGAGAUUUUUAGAUGAAAGGUACCCCAGGGAAAGUGCAUUCUCUAGGAGUGCAUUCCAUCGAGAUGUUGAGAGAGAGAAUUAUGCGGCCCCUCCACCAGUUGGCCUAUGGCUUCAAGCAAGACGUAGAGGUUAUGAAGAAGAGUAUCCCCUUGAAAGGGAACCUAGAAGAAAUGACAAGCCAUACCUUGAGCCAUAUCAUGAGGUGGAACAUUUUCGUGAUGGUCACAGGGCUGGAAGAUUUGGAAUGCGUGAGCGUGAUGAUUAUGCUUUUGAUGAUCAUGAUUUUAGGCAUCGUAGAGACGACAGUCGUGAGAGGGAUUAUGAUUAUGGCAGGCAUAGUCAUGAUUCUGAUUAUGAUAGAAGUAGAAGGGAUGAAAGUUGGAGACGGCGUGGUUCACGUGAUAGGGAACGUGAUAGGAGGGAUUUGAGCCAUGAAAGGGAUUUAAGCCCUUAUAAAAGGGAAUCACGCUCUCGAUCACGGUCUCAUGGUCGCGAUGAUCGAUCCAAAUCAAGAUCUCCCCGAGGUCGUAGUCGUGGACGUAGCCGUGGUCGCAGUCAUCAUGAUGAUAGUUAUGACGAUCGAUAUGAUAGGAUGGAGAGACGAAGAGAUCGUGAUGAAAAACGACAAGAGAUGCCUUCUGCUACUGUGGUCGUAAAGGGUCUCUCACAGAAGACCACUGAAGAAGAUCUAUAUCAAAUUCUUGCUGAAUGGGGGCCUCUUCGCCAUGUUCGAGUCAUCAAGGAGCGGAAUUCUGGCAUUUCCCGUGGAUUUGCUUUUAUCGAUUUUCCAUCAGUGGAUGCAGCACAGGCAAUGAUGGAUAAGGUAGGAUUAGAAGGCCUUGUGUUAGAUGGAAGGAAGCUUCUGUUUGAGUAUAGUAGCAAGCCAACUGGAAGUUCAGGAGGGGCACCUUAUGGACAAGAUGGUCUGAGGUCCUCUCAUGCCAGCCAUAGAAGUACCAUACCCUCUGAUUGGAUGUGCACAAUCUGCGGGUGUGUCAAUUUUGCUCGUCGAGUCUCAUGCUUUCAGUGUAAUGAGAGCCGAACUGAUGAUGCUCCACCAGCUGACAUGUCAUCUUCAACUCCUGCACAAUUGGGUAGAAAGGGAGCUGAGGCAGGGCCUACUCAUGUUUUGGUUGUACGUGGAUUGGAUGAGAAUGCUGAUGAGGAAAUGCUUCGAUAUGAGUUUUCUAAACAUGCUCCAAUCAAGGAUCUUCGUCUUGUUAGAGACAAAUUUACCCAUGUCUCAAGAGGAUUUGCAUUUGUUCACUUCUAUUCAGUUGAGGAUGCCACUAAAGCCCUUGAGGCAACAAAUGGAACAAACCUAGAGAGAAAUGGUCAGAUUCUACGUGUGGCAUAUGCAAAAAGUAUACUUGGUCCUGGUUUAGGUUCCUCAGCGCAUUCACAAUCAAGUACUCUUGCUGCUGCUGCAAUUGAGGCAGCAACAUUUGCUCAGCAGUAUGAUGCCGUCGGUUGGGCACCCAAGGAAUAUAAUCCAGAUGACAGGCAACCAGUUGGCAUCCAGGAGCAAGGCACAGAGGUUGCUGGUCGAAAAGAAGGUUCUGCUCCUCAAGCUGGCUUUGUGUGGGAUGAGGCUUCAGGAUACUAUUAUGAUGUUUCCUCUGGCUUCUACUAUGAUUCUAAUACAGGUCUAUACUAUGAUGGCAACAGUGGGGUAUGGUAUUCGUAUGACCACCAAACCCAGCAAUAUGUCCCUUGCGUUGAUCAAAAUGCUAACAAGACAUCAGAGAAAGAAUCAGAAACUCCUAAGGCAGAAAACACCACUACUAGAAAAGUGGUGAUCUCUGCUCCUGCAGCUACAGUAAAGUUGAGCGAGAAACCUGCUUCUCUACCUGAUGCUGUUCAGGCAGCUGCCUCCGCUGCAUUAGCUGCUGAAAAGAAAGAGAAAGAGAAGUUAAAAGAAAUAAAACUUGCUUCCAAGAGCAGCAUUGUAGCUAACAAAAAGAAAAUGAAUCAUGUUUUGUCAAUGUGGAAGCAGAGGAGUCAUGAAGGUCAAACACCCCGCAUAGCACUGGAUGAUAGUCAAUCUAACGUAGCUGAGGACCGUCAAAACUCCAUUUCCAUGUCCUUGAAGACAAAAGCAAUGGGUUUGAAGGAGAAUGUGAAUGCUUGUCCUGGUUUUCUCUCAGAUACUUCAGCUGCUCAGGCUACAGUCUCAGAGUCUGAUGUUAAGCCUCGUCCUGUGAGCAACAGCUCUGGAGGCACCUUAAUGGGAGUGAUUAGAUCUGGAAAAGGGGUUAUCAAAUCUGAUACUGUUUAUCCAGGAAUGACUAGUCUCUCCACUCCAUCAUCAUCGUCUGGAUCGGUUGCCGUGGCUGCAACACAUUCUGAUACACAGAUAGGGUCGACCUCGUUUAGAACUGAUAUCUCUGCCCUUGGCAACUAUACACCACCUGCAGCUUCCGCAAGUGGAAGGAGGAAGUUUUCUGAGACACCUUUGCAGUCUAUAUCUGCCCAGAGAGAGCUGCAUCAGACAGCAUACCGAGACCGUGCUGCUGAGAGACGGAGGAUGUAUGGAUCAUCAGCUUCUUAUGUUGACGAUGAUCCGGAGUUGGGAGAUCCAGAUCAAGAUGUGGGGUUCAGAAAGGGUGCAUCAGAUUUUAGUUCCAUGCCGUUUCCACCUGGUGUUGGUGGCCGUGGGACUGCUGACAACAAUGUACAGAAUUAUGAUGUGAUUCCAUCUGACAAAGCCAUUGAUGAAAGCAAUGUUGGUAAUAGGAUGCUUCGCAACAUGGGCUGGACAGAGGGAUUGGGCCUAGGGAAGGAUGGUAGUGGGAUGGUGGCGCCUGUUCAGGCAGAGUCAUUUGACAACAGGGCAGGUUUGGGAAGUCAGCAGAAAAAGGUAGACCCAGGCCUAGAAGUGCACCCAGGAGAUAGCUACAAAACUUUAAUCCAAAAGAAAGCGCUGCAAAGAUUUCGUGAGAUGUCUUGAAUGCAAAUCCUGGAAGAAGUUGAGGAAGCAUGCAAAUUUGAUGCUUGGAUAUGGAAGGGCAAAUUCUAUUUAAUCAUGGAGCACGAGUUGCUCUCGUCCGGUGACUUUCAUGCAUUUUUUUUCGAGGGUUGUCAUCAUUUGGCUCUUUGUAUAGAACUACAAACUUUUAUUAUUAUGGGAAUCUGUUUUAAUAUUGAUUUACUAGAGGAAGUGUCAAGUGGCUUUGUUCUUUGGUUUUAGUCUUGAGGAUUUAGAUAUUCAUAAGAAUUUUCCCCUUUUUAUUAAAGAAAGCAAAAAAUUUAGCUGUUUAA